AUGAAAACAUUUGCGUUAGCCAGUUUUCUUGGUAUAGCGUAUGCUUUCUCAAAAAACAUUGAAUUCAUUCAUAAAAGAUCUGCAUCAGAUCCAUCACAAGAUCCAUCACAAAAUCCAUUAGACUUACCAUCCGAUUUAUCAUUAGAUUCAUUAAGCGAAGAAAAAGUUUUAUCUUUGAUUCUAGGAAAAAACGCAGAAAUUCAAUGUGAAAAAAAACUAAAAGAAUACUGCAGCGAUUUGGAAGGUCUGGCCUUGGAGCCAAAGAACGUGCAUCCUACAUUAGAAGGAUUUUGUAAAAAUGUAAAACAGGAAUGCAAAAAUCUUGAAACUCAAAUUGAUACUCUCUCGAGUAAUGCCAAGGAUUAUCUUGAAGAUAUUAUUACGAGUAGUUCAGGUAAUAUGGUUUUAGGAAAAACCCGUUGCAACUAUGCUCAUAUCCAAUGCGUGAUUUUCCGAGAAUUUUUUAAUUUUUCUUCUAUAUGCGAUGAGAUAGCUGAACAAUGUUAUCGUCAAAUAAAUGAAGAUUUAGCUUAUGAAGUUCUUUUAAGGGCUCUUCCUAGAGAUUCGAAAAAUCAAGUAACAUGCGAAGAAAAAAUUAAAGAAUCAUGUUUCAAGUUAAAUAGAGAAAGUUAUCAUUUACUCUGGUUUUGUUUUCUCUUAGAAAAAACAUGUGAGAUUCUCGUUAAUAAAAUAAGAGACAACUGUGGAGCUAUUGAAGAUCUCAAAAAUACAUUAAAAAAGACUAAUACAUUAAAAAAUGACUGUUAUCCUUUACUCAGAAAAUGUUAUUUUCAUUCAUCAAACUGUGAAAAUGAAAAGGUACAGAGCUGUGUGGAGUUUAAAAAACGUUGCAAAGAAAAAAAUAUCACAUACCCUCCCCCCCUCCCCCCCCACACACACAGUCUUUCUUUUAAUCCAUUAGACUUUCCACCUACAUUGCAGGAGAAAAUAGAUCUUCAACAGCUUCAUACAGAAGCGUUAACUUUUGGUAUUUUUCUUGGAAGGUCCUUGUCGACAAAGUUUUCUCAUUUUUUGUUAUUUUCAAACUAUUAUACUGGAGACAAUGCAAGUAAAUUAGACAAUACUCAGUCUUGCACUAAAUCUUUGGAAAAUUGCGUUUCUUUUAAAUAUCUGACAGAAGAACUAGCAAAUAUAUGCAGCGCAACUAACAAAAAUGAAACAUGCAAAGAGUUAAACAAUGAACUGAAAAGAGAAUACAUGUCUCUCAAAUUGCUUCUCUAUAACAAAAAGCUUUCUAGCGUAAGCAAUACUGCUGACUCUAAAUCGUACUCAUGGAGCGAACUACCAGGAGAAAUUUCUAAGGAAGACUGUAUAAGUCUUAACUACAAAUGCUAUUGUAUAGAUCCAUAUUCUAAUAAUACUCUUUACAAUGCUUGUAGAAAUCUAAGACUAGAGUGUUUUAAAUCGGCAACUUACGGACUAGCAAGGGACGUGUUGGAGGAAGGGUUGUUUGGAUUGUUUCACAACCUAGAUUCUGAUGGAAUUAAAAAAUGCGCACUUAAAUUAUUAGAAAGGUGCAAACUAGUCAGAAACAACAAUAUAAAUCUUCUCUCAAUGUGUUUAAGGCCAAAAGAGACAUGUGAAGUACUUGCAGAGGAUGUAGAAAGAAAGAGUCAUCGUCUACGGCAUAUUUUAGAUAAAACGAGAGAUUAUCCCCGAGAAAAGGAUUGUCUCGUUUUGGAGAAACAAUGUGAAGACCUGACAAAGGAUUUUGAAGAGCUUAAUGGUCCUUGCGCUACGCUAAAAAGGAAUUGUGCUCAUUUGAGGAAUACAAAAGAAGUAAAAGACAGUUUGUUGAGUAAAAAUACAGAUAUUUUGGCAAACGUCGAUAAUUGCACAACAUAUUUAGGUAUGAAGUGUCCUCGGUGGUUUAGGAAGGAAAUAAAUCCAUUCAAUCUUACAUGUGUAGCACUCCACAAAUCAUGCGUUAUAAUGAUUGAAGAGGUACAAAAUCAUUGUUUGGCAUUCCAACAAAAUAUGGAGGAUCACAAAGUUAUUGAAAAAUCAAAAGAAGAUGAAGAAAGAGAUAAUAUUUGUUUUCUUUGGGAUGGAUACUGCAAUAUGCUUACAGGGAAUUGUCCUGAUAAACUAAAACAGGGCAAUAAUGGCGAAGAUGGUCUUUGCGUGAGUCUCAAGAAGAACUGUAAGGCGUUUCGCGAAAAAUUGCCUCUAUUAAAAGCCCUUAUGUACAAUUUAAAAGGUUCUUUAAAAGAAAAAGAUACUUGCGUUAAGAAACUAAAUGAUUAUUGUACGAAAUCAGCACACUCAAACAAGACUCUUGAAGAUUCAUGUAAAAAAUAUGGUAAAGAUGAAAACAUAAAAAGUGAAACUUGUGAAAAACUUGUCAAAUGGAUGGAAAUAUUGUGCAAUACCUUACCAGUCAAAUUGGAUAAAGCUGCUAAAGACUUGGAAAAUAGAGCAAACGAAUUUAAAAAAACCAAGCAAGAAACUGAAAAAGUCAUUAAUGAUUCUGGUUUAUUCUUGGCAAUUUCUCAAACAGCAGAUAAGAAGAAUCAUCAUCUUCACAGCAAUAACACGGCUUAUGUUAGACUUGUACGUCGCGAGGAUGACUUGGACAUAGAGCCAUCAGUGCGUCAAGGGUUAGCGUUUGAUCUGGUGUCUUUACUUGUAGAGUUGUAUUUGGAAGCCAAGGGCAUCUGUGAUCAUUUUAUCCAAGAGUGUGUCUUUGAAGAUGACUGUCCUAAGUUUAAAGAUUCAUGUGGAAAAAUACGUAAGUCUUGUGAGGCGUUUGUGUUGCCUGAUGCCAAGCCUCGUGUAACAACGUCUGUAUCAACAACGACGCUUACAGAGUCAACAACUGUAACGGAUACUCAAUCGGAAUCUACUGUAGCAACUACAAUGAUGGAGGGAAAGUGUGUUGCGCUUCAUUCAAAGACUACGUGGGUAACAAGCAAAUCAACAUCUACAAAAACAACUACAACUACAUCAGUAACAACACUGACACAAAAAUGCAAACCAGUACCAUGUACAACGGAAGAAACACAAAGAAAGCCUGAAACUAGAAGUAAAACAGAUCAUACAGUAAUGCCGAACGAGGGGAUAAAGAUAUCUGGAUUGGGAGUAACGAGUAUUGUUAUAUGGGUAAUAGGAGUUUUUAUUGUGAUUUAAAGG